AUGACUGAGGAUCUGGAGGAAAUUUUGAGGAAAUUUGCUCUGACUGAGGAUGAGGCUGGGGGUGUAGAGUUAGAUAGUAAGGAUCUGGCUCAGGGAGUAGUGGAAUGUCAAUUGAGCAUAAUCGGAAGGGUGGUGGGAGAGAAGACUGCGAACAUUGCUGGUAUAAAGAGUUUUGCCAGUAAUAUGUGGCCAUUUGCAAGAAAUUUAAGAGUUGUUGAGAUAGGGGUUAAUUUGUUCCAGUUUAGCUUUAGUAAUAAACAGGACAUGGAUAGGGUGCUGAGGGGAAGGCCUUGGGUUUAUGAUAAUUUGCCUUUGGUUAUUUUACCCUGGGAAGAGGGGAUAGAACUGAACCUUGAAGCCUUUAAUAGGACUUGGAUUUGGGUCCAAUUAUGGAACUUACCUCUUCAUUGGAUUACAAAGGAUAUUGGUAGGAAAAUUGGGGGAGUGUUCUGCUCGGUGAGGGAGGUGUUUGUUCCUAAUGGUGGUGGGAAGGAGGGUAAACAUCUAAAAAUCUUGGUUGAGAUGGAUUUAACUAAACCUAUGCUGAGAGGAACCACGGUAAAGUUGAGGGGCAGUUCUAGAUGGAUAGAGUUUAAAUAUGAAAAAUGUCCUGAUUUUUGCUACUGUUGUGGGGUCAUGGGGCAUAAUGAGAGGAGUUGCAGGGAAAGAGGGGGGAAUAUGGAUAAGGAGAAUCAGUAUGGCGCUUGGCUUAGAGCAAGUAAUGCGAGGAGUCCUAUUAGGAAACAGUUCUCGUCUGGUAGGGAGGAGGGGAAGGUUAGUGAAGGACCACAUUUGGAUAAGGAAGGGGGGGACAGGGGGCAGGAACAACUCUGCCUGCCCUGGAAGCUAGUAGAGGUAAAGGUAGACUCUAUAGUCAAAGGGAAUGAGGGUAAGGAGAGGGAUCUAGGGGUUUUGAUGAAAGAUACUGGAGAGGAUGGGGGCCAGGGAGUGGUGGUGGGAGUCUUUAAGGAAGAAAGUGUGCAGCCUGAUCAUAGGAAAAAGGGUGAUACUGGUAAGGGAAAGUGUAAAGUUACUAAGGGUCUAAAUUUCACUACUGAGGAAAAAAUACAGGAGGGUGGCCAGAGGGGGGAGCUGAAGGAGCAGGAACUAUUUGAUUCUAUGUGGAUGGAUGGCAUGGAUACUGAUUGCAAGGAGAGGAAGGAAGGGGAUAAGGGGAGUGAUCCUGUGACAGCACAACAGGAGCUGGAUGGUAGUAAGGAGCUAAGAGGGGGUAAAUAUAAGGGGAAUAGGGGGUGGAAGAGGUUGGUUAGGGAGGUAGGUAGAAGAAUUCCUCUGGAGGAUAAGAAUGGGGGGAUGGUCAUAGUGCAUGAAGGGGGUAAAAGGAAGCUGAGUGAGAGUGGGGACAAGGAAAAUAUUAAUGAACAGGGGGAAGGUCAGAAGAGAGGCAAGACUGUGUGUAGUAUGGCUGGGGUGGACCUAGCAUCUGGGGUGGUGGAGUCCUACCUUAAUGGGGCUCCCAGGUCACUAUGA